UUUAAACAAAUGUGUAUUUAAAAUAUGUAAUUUAUUAGAUGGAAAAGAAACAAUUAAGAAUUAUUGUUCCAUGAAUAAUAUGGUAUAAAUGAGCGUGAGAAAAUAUUUCUCGACUUUUGAGAUGAUUAAAUCUCAAUAGCUCGUUUAUAAUAGUUAACUGCAUUUAAACAGUUUCACAAUCGUGAUGUCUUCCCAUUUUGGAGGAUUUACGCGUCCCUCUCCUGGUAAUUGUUAGUCGUAAUCGGGGGUCUGUUUUGUAAUGGAACAAGGCUAACUGAAAGAAGCAUAACUUGUAAAAGCAUUACUGCAUUAGUGUUGUAUCCAUGGACUUUCCCAUAUGACAGUUAUGAUUGUCUACUGGGUACAGAUGCAAUAAAUACUGGAUAUGUUUCCCGUCAACAGAUGACAAUGAGAAUUGUACAUUUUACAGUAUUAUGGACUUACUGUGAUUCGUUCUAAAUUGCUCUAGAGUUAUUGGUUGUGGAAAAUUAACUGCGCGAUAGACGGUAAAAUAUUACAGAAAGGGAAAUCGUUUUUGAUAUACAGGCAGAAACUUUGUUUAAUAUAUAGUCAUUGUGAAAGGAUUUUCUAACGAAAGGAUAUUGUUAAUAAUCUAAUUCCGGUUGAAAAAUUCGUUGUAAAGAACACUGAUUCUUAGUGGCAUAAUUAAUCAUUUUUUAUUCCAAAGAAGAGUUAAUAUUGAGUUAGAGAAUAUAUUUAAAAAAAAUCAGAAAAAAAAAAUCAAAAAAAAAAAUAAAAAAAUAAAAAUACUGUUUUGUCUCUAAAGACAGAGUGCCUUUUUGAUACAUCCCCUACGGAUAAAGAACGUAUGGGAAUUGAUGACAGAAGCAUUAUUUUGACGAACUACAUCUAGUAAUUUAAAAAUUUUAACAACAAACAAACGCAAAAAGUAACGAAGAAAUAACAUGUGAAAAAGAUAAACCAUUAAAAGAUAAAAAUUACGAAACUGGAUUUACUUGUUAUGCCAUUGAAAUGUUAUAACUUUGAACACUUCACACAUAUUGAUAGUAUUAAAGAGAAGAAGAAAAGUGCGAUGAAAUGAAGGUUUAGUGAUUCAUUUAUCUUUAAUUACAGUGAUUUAGACUUGCGGACUGAGAAAUUAAAUCUAUUUGAAUUAACAUUUGUAUCUUAAAGCUUUAAAACAAUGAAUAACUUUACAGUUAAGAAUGAUUUUAGUGAUCAAGAUAUACCAUCAUCGUUUUUUAAUGUUAUAAAGUUUACAACAUUGUACAUACAACCUGUUAUUUUCACGAUGGGGCUUAUUGGGAAUUUCAUAUCAGUUUGUGUGUUUCUGUCUCAGACAAUGCGGAAAAUAUCUUCAAACUUAUACUUAGCAGCUUUGUCAGGAAGUAGUUAUGGGUUUAACUUGGUUCUUCUCUUCCAAUGGCUCGAGAUGGUUAAGGUUCCAAUAUUUCACAUGCAGGGAUUCUGUCAAUCGAUUGUCUACUUUAGCUACGUAUUCAGUUUCCUGUCCGUAUGGCUGAUCGUGUGCAUCACAGUAGAAAACUACAUUGUCACUUUUCAUCUUUCAAAAGCUGUCGUAUACUGUACAGUAUUCCGUGCUAAAAUAGUAAUUGGUCUGUUAGUUUUAUAUUCCGUUUUAUUAUACAGUGGCCAAUUUUGGACAACAGGAAUCGUAACAUUUUCAGACAAUUACACUGUGUGUACAGAGCUGCCCGAGUAUUCUCAAUUAAAUCGUAUUUACUCUUUCUGGGACACCAUUACCACAUUAGUUUUGCCUAUUAUCAUCACAACGACGUUGAUUGUGGCGAUACUCUCACAGAAUCUUUGUAAUGCGAAAAAAAUCGAUAGGCAAAAUAGUUCAAUUUACAGGCGCCUGUCGAAGAAACAGAAGAGCCUUGUCCGUAUAACAAGAGUGCUUCUAGCAAUUUCACUGACAUUUGUAUUAUUGAGUGGACCGUCGUAUAUCAAUAAAUUAAGACAUUUGAUAUUAACGGAGGUAGAGGAAAGCGUCCCUACACACUUACAGACCGGAUAUUACAGCAAACUUUCCAACUUGUGUACUACUUAAGCUCGUGUCUGAAUAUCAUUUAUUAUUUAGUAUGGUCACAUAACUUCCGAAAAGAAACAAAACGGAUGCUGUGUCUUAAGCCAAACUCUUCUAAUCGUAGUUAUCGGGGAAUUGAAUUAAGAAGCUGUACAGCUGAACAAAGGAA